AAACUAAGCUAUUUAGCUAACGGAUCAACCGGAAUCCUGGUCACACUCACACCAGAUUUUCCUUUAAAUUGGAAUUCCCCAGACAUUGGGAAAUAUGGCUGAGUCUAGCAGUGUGAUCGAAGUCACAGUGAAGACUCUGGACUCCCAGAGCAGGAGCUACAAUGUCAGAGGCGAGCUGACAGUGAAGCAGUUCAAGGAACACAUAGCAUCAUCAGUGGAGAUCCCAGUUGACAAGCAGAGGCUCAUCUACCAGGGCCGAGUGCUGCAGGAUGACAGAACGCUGACUGAAUACAAUGUAGAUGGGAAGGUUAUCCACCUGGUGGAGCGUGCCCCACCUCAGGCCACCAUGCCUGGUCCUGGGAGUGUGGGUGUUUCUACAGGGGAAGCGGAGGGCGGAAGCAGCAGCAGCCAUGCCUCUACCUCCUCCCAGGUGGCACAAAACGACCGCAACAGCUACGUGAUGCUGGGGACCUUCAACCUGCCUGUCAACAUCAUGGACCCUCAGCAGAUCCAGAUGUCUGUUCAGCAGAUGAUGGCUGGAGUCGGUGAAGGUGGAAGGAACGCCAGGGUCAGCCCCAGCCCCGGGAACAAUGGCUCGGUGGACGUGCAGAUCAACUUGGACCCGUCUGUGCAGAGUGAACCCAGGAUGAGGCUGCAAUUGGCUGAGAACCUGCUCAGAGACGCUCACUCUCUGAUCCACAGGCUGGAGGGAGUGUCCAGUGACAGCAGCUCCCAUUCACAGCCAGAGGUACCUCAGUCCUCUUCCUCCCCACCGCAGUCUUCCUCCUCUGUUAGAGGGGCUGUAGCAUCACAACUCAUGGACACCAGCUCACCUCCUGCUCCAUCAUCCUCCACCUUCACCCAGACUGAGGGACAAGCCAACACUGGGCCCAAUCACCCGAGUCCAGCAGAGUUUGUGGAGGUUCUGUCUGAGGUCAGGAGGGUGGAGGAAAGGUUACGACCCUUCAUAGAGAGGACACACUCAAUACUCGGGGCAGCCACCUCCGCAGACUACAACAACAAUACCCAGGAAAGAGAGGAGGAUCAGCGCAUUCUCAACCUGGUCGGAGAUGCUCUGCGUCUCCUUGGCAACAGCUUAGUUGUCCUUGGUGACCUACGCUGUAACCUGGCGACCUCUCCUCCACGUCACCUGUACGUGGCUCGUCCAAUGGCCCACUACACCCACCCGGUCCUGCUCCAGGCUGGUCUGCCUCACAUGCCCAUUCCAAUAAACUUAGAGACAACAGUGACCAUGACAUCUAAUGGGAGACAGGCAGCCGAAGGACAACGGCAGGUGUCUCACGGAGCCGCCCAAUCGGAUCAGCAGGCAACAGGACAGAUUCUGCCUCUUCAGUCAAAUGGGACCAGACCUCAACAAGGACCGGGAGGACCCCGAGUAAUCCGGAUCACCCACCAGACCAUGGAGCCUGUAGUCAUGAUGCAGAUGAACGUUGAUGGUGAGUCAGCUGCUGGGUCUCAGGUUCCAGGACAGCCAAACACUGCAGCUACUGGACAGCCUGGACUGCCCCAGGUUCACAUGCCAGGUCUGCCCCCUGAGUUCAUGCAGGCCAUUGUGCACCAGAUCUCCCACCAAGCUGCUGCUAUGGCCGCUGGAGUCUCAGCUGGCAAUCCGGCACAGAUGGGGUCUGUGGAGGGAGCUGCUUCCCCACAGCCCCCCCACCCUGCUCAGGCGAGGGUCCUCAUCACCCGACCAUCAUUCUCCCCCCACAUCCCUCAGCCUGUGAGACCCCGAGGAACCACCAUCAACCUGAGGGCCACAGUACCCACAGCUGGUCAGCAGCCAGAACAGGGCACCCCUCUGGCUCCCUCCUCCCUCACCCAGAUGAUCAGUGGUCUGGUGGGACAGCUCCUAAUGCCGGGGCAGCCAGGUGAUCCCAUGUCCACGUCCUCUUUGUCCGCCUCUCAGUCCUCCUUCUCUGCCUCCUCGUCUGAUUCCUCCAACACGUCUCCCCCCCCUCCCUCUGCCAACACCUCCGGACAGACAUCCACCCACACCACCAAUACUACUUCCAUAGGCCAGCCAGCAGAGGGCAGUCCUGAGGGAAAUCUGGCCCAGCUGCUGGGCUCUCUGCUGGGGUCUGGACCAGCUCCCUCCAUCACUGUGACACUGCCGGGGUUGCCAGCCUUCUUCCAGGGAAUGUCACACUUCACACAGCCAACUGCCCCAGUCCCCCUCAGGCAAGUGGUCCCACCCCCCCAGGCAAGUGGCGGUUCAGGUGGAGACUCACUGAGCCCGGAGCUGUUCACAGGCAUCGUGCAGGGAGUGCUGUCCACCAUGAUGAGCUCUCUCGGGGCCCAGCAGGGCAGCGGAGAGAGCAUCGCCCAGUUCAUCCAAAGACUGUCCCAGACCAGCAACCUUUUCACUCCCGGCUCUGGAGAUGCUGUGGGGUUCUUUGGUGACCUGCUGUCCCUGGUGUGUCAGAGCUUCUCCAUGGUGGACAUGGUGCUGCUGCUUCAUGGGAACGCCCAGCCUCUGAGUCGCAUCCAGCCCCAGCUCACUGCCUUCUUCACUGAACACUACCUUCAGGGCAGAGAGCCCACUGACGCUAACAUAGCUACAGCAGCCGAGGAGCUCAUUAACGGACUGGAGGAGUACAUAGCUGAGAGCUUUGCUACAGUGACGGUGCGAGACGGAGUGGACAUCGUUCAGACUAACCUGUCUUUCCUCAGACAGCAGUUCACGCAGAUGGCCUCACAUAUCCUGCACCCCAACGAUCGCACGUUUGGCCCCCGUCUGCUGCUGCUCUGCACUCAGGGCCUGUUUGAGUGUCUGGCUCUGAACCUGUACUGCCUCGGAGGAGAGCAGAGAUCUCUGACUGCCGUCAUCAACCACCGCAUUAGGAGGAUGUCUGCAGAAGUCAAUCCCAGUCUGGUCAACUGGCUGACCAGUAUGAUGUCCAUGAGGCUGCAUGUGAUUCUGGAACACAACCCGAUUACUGAGGACCAGAUCCAGCACUACAUAGUCUGCACACAGAUGGAAGAGAGUUUGUCUUCGGCUCAGUCAGGCGACAGUGGAGAGAGGGGAGCGUCUCUUGGAGGAAACCCGGCCUUAUCACUGGACCCUCCAUGUCCUGCUCGGGCCCCGACAGGCCGGGAGGGGCCGGCCGCUGAGGUGGAGCCAUGGGCAGCAGCUGUUCCACCUGAAUGGGUUCCCAUCAUCAGACAUGACAUGCUGUCUCAGAGGAAGAUCAAAGCCCAGCCGCCGCUGUCCGAUGCCUACCUGCACGGUAUGCCCGCCAAGAGGAGGAAGACAACCCAGAGUGAAGGACCACACCUGUCCCUGUCAGACGCAGUGAGUGGAGCUGCUCGUGCUGCAGGAGCCCAGCCUGUCAGCGACCCAAACACCCUGCAGGGGGAGCUGGAGAGGCCAGAGUUGCAGGAAGCAUACACCAAACAGGUCAAGACUGACAUCAAAGAGCGGGUGAGAGACAAUCCGGACUACAACGCCCAGCGGUUUCCCAACACACACCAAGCUUUCUCUCUGGAGGACUCCUAAUCCGUUUCAGCACUGCUACCAGCAGGGCCAGGUCCAGAACAGAAUCUCUAGCAUGGAACUCUGGGUCAUGAAGUGUGGUAGCAUCCCAUUGUAAACACGGCCUGAAAGGUCAACAGCUGCUGACUUCAGUGAAUGGUUCUCUUUUUCUUCAUAGUGUGAAAUAUCCUGCUGUGGUUGGUUAUGAUGGAAAAACCUGCCGACUGUGGACCUUCCAUGGCACACGGUUGAAGGAACUGUGAGCUUCCUUAGUCAACUCAUUCGGAAACAUUCCCUUUGCUAUUGGAGACCUCUGAGACACUAAUGGUGGAAUCAGUCAGUGAAGUGUCAGGAUACUUCACACUCAAUAAUGAAGUAAAAAUGUUACAAAUAAUAAGUCAUAAUAUUAGCAAAGAAUGAAGUCUUAAAUAUUAUGAGAAAAUACUAAUUAUCCCUUGUAGUAAACGGUGAUAUUGUCUCAACUCAAGUCUUCUGCAAGGACAAAUAGUAGCUGUUACCUAUUUAUAUGGAGUGAAGAUUCAAAAUCCUGCACAAUGGCAUGUAAUCUACCUGAUAUAAUCACAGGAAAUUUGAUCCUUUUUUUCUCAUAUGGCUUAAUUCUCAUUUUAAGAUGACUUUUUUCCUCCAAAUAUUUUGAUUUAUCCUCAAAAUGUCAUUUUUUACCUCAAAGAGUGGUCCUUGGCUGUUCUGUCAUGUGCUACAUAUGUAGUAGCAUUAUAUAUCUGUGCAAGGCUAAACUAUAAUUUAGUGCAAAUUGUAAAUAGUGAAUGGGAAGUGAUGUCAUAGAGCUCUGGUAAGUAGUGUUGCUAACAUCUUACUUUUUUCAGUAAAUGAUGACUUCUGGACUGAAGACUGAGACAAUUAUGCUGCAGAGAGGAGGCUGGGUGGGAGGGGGAGGGAUAUUGCACACAAUGUUUUUGUAAGUUAUUAAUAAUAAUUUGAAUAUCAAUGUUUAAUGAACUAUUCGGUGCAGUCCUAGUUAUACAUUAAUUUUAGUUACACUGUGAAUCCAUAACUGCGCACCAGUCAUCGUCAUCAGUUGAUCGGCUCGGAUCAGUGGGAAAUAAAUCAAUAACGCAACAAUAGUAGUUCAUAGUUUUCAGCGUUGUAUAGGCUACAGUGAUAAUAUUUAAACAGAUACUUCAAUGAUGUGUUCAUAAUCUGCCACAGCCUCAUCAGGCUUUGCUGACGGUAGAAGUGAGUGGUGUUUGUCUGAGGCACAGCUGCGGUCACUAGAAGUUGGUCAAACUGAAUGGUUGUUUUGUGCUUGUUACCAUCACUAAAAUAA